AGCGAAACACCCACAUGGAGUGGAAUUAAAUUUUAUGAGUGACACCGGACUUAAUUCUUUGUGGAUCAAUUAAGGCCACGAUGCGACGACCCCAACGAGGGCCUGCUAGCGGCUGCCUUCUCCGUUCCAUUAAAGCCCACGACACAGCGUCUCCACGCCAUCUCUUUCUCGCUUAAGAUUUUAGUUUUGUAGCUCGUUUUCUGCAGAAAUCACAAGUCGGAUCAAGAAAAAUGGCGAGCUUAAGGAAAGCUCUGGUUAGCGCCCACCGUGUCCUCAAUUACUCCGCUACCCUGAGUCGGAGCUCGAUUGCCACCCUCCCUCCCAUUGGCGGAAGAACCCCUUUCAGGUCUCAAUACGGUUGGUUAUCCCCUUAUUCAACUGUUAAUGAUAGUGAGACGCGAUCUUUGGAUAUUGACCUCUCCAGUGAAGAAAGCAAAAGGCGUUUAUUUAACAGACUGUUGUAUAGGAGUAAACAGAGAGGGUUCCUGGAGCUGGAUUUGGUUUUGGGGAAAUGGGUAGAAGAGCAUAUUUCUUCCAUGGACGAAAAUGGAAUUAAAGCACUUGUUCAUCUUCUUGACUUGGAAAAUCCAGAUCUUUGGAAGUGGUUAACUUGUCAGGAGCAACCUCCAGAGGCAGUGAGCACAAAUCCUGUGUUUUCUGCAGUUCGUGACAAGGUCAUGAACAACCUCAACCGCCAUGCUGCUCCAGAGACACGUGCAAUACCCGGACAACCAUGGGUGAGAGGGUGGGAUGAUAUCAAGAAAAGUCCUGGCAGUCCUGUAGCUGGGAAUCAGUAGCUGCCGGAAUGUUAAGCUGGAAGAUUAUGGGUUGAUACUUAUCAUUUGUAACAGAAGAAGAUGAAGAAUAGUAUAUAAUUUGUCACAUAAUAUCGUCUUUUCCUUCUCAUAAAUACUAAUAUGAUAUGAACAAGAUAAAUGCUGCUGGCUGUAGUGAAGCAAGAAAUUUAGCAGCCUCACCUGUGGGCUCUGCCCAUUUGCUAGUCAAAUAUAUCGUUUUGUGAAAUUUAUGUUAUGGGUUGAUACUUAUCAUUUGUAACAGAAGAACAUGAAGAGUAUAUAAUUUGUCACAUAAUAUCGUCUUUUCCUUCUCAUAAA